UUGUUUGUUUGUUUUUUUGAAACCCUUUGACUGCCUGAUCCGCCAAUCAGUAGAGCACAUGAAUAAAGUUACAUUUGAAAAGUUUGAACACUUGACCAAAUUGCCCGGCACAGCCGGUCCAUGUAAGUUGUCCGAACGGUAACACGCAACUCGUUUCCCCCACGCUCGGAAGCACCUACCUCGGGUCAAAAGCUUCCAAACGACAGCUUUUUUUGCAAAACAAACCAACGGCGGGCGUGUCUUGGCAAGUGACGCCGUGAUUGGCUUCUGCCGGCCUCCUUUCUUUUCGCACGCUAACGCCGCGGGCGAGUUUGAACGGAGCGCGUCGGUGAAUACAUUCCAGCCACAAAAAAAUAAAUAAAAACGUGUGGAAGGUGUUUUGUAAUAACAUGAAAUCUGGGGUGUGUGCCAAAGUGGCCACCGGGUGGCACGAUGACCAGGAGUAAUUGUCGUUGUCUUCAGGCCUGGACUCUCAUCCAAAGUGUGACAUCUGCGGUCAAGCGGAAUCGGCCGAAACAUCAAAGUUCCCCGCGGCGUGCGGUGAAAUAAAGAGCUUUUGAUAACUAAGUUGAAAGUUGAUCAGAUCAAAUGUGUCGGAGGAGUUUGUUGAAAUUGGACUUUCCGUUCGUGUUUAGGCCUUGAAAAUGAAGAAGAAGAAGAAGUUCUUGCAAAGCAUUCAGGACCUCGCAGAGCUCGCUGCUCCGCCCCGAAUGAUUCGCAUUUCCCACCUGCUCGCACGCAAGUCGUGUUGCUUUCGCUUUCAGCGUGAAGAAGGCGAAAAACAAAAAGGGGUCGGACGGGUUCGCACGCCAGCUCCUCCGCUGCUCGCUUUCUCGUGUUCGUCUUCGGCCGCGUAACAAUUAAGGCGUGUUUGGCAGCGACGACCUCGGAACCAGCAACAUGACGGACGUGGGCGAGCGCGUGUCCGCUCUGGAGAAGAUGGUGCUGAGCAUCAAGCGGCGGCCCGACACCGCCUCGCCCGACGUCAGGGACGCCCUCGUCGACCUCGCCCGAAGUCUGACGGACGCCGCGGAUUUCAUGGGCAAAGUUUCCAAAGCCAACACCCUGCUCAGCAUCUUCAAAUCCAGCGACAACGAGUCCAAGUUCCGGGAAGUCAGCCAGAAGCUCAACGAGGACGUGCAGCUGCUGUCCGUGGCGCUGCAGAUCAGCCACGGCGACGCCCUCAGGGAUGGCCUCAAGACCGUCGUCGCCCAGCGCAGGGCGGCCGAGGCCGGGCGCCGCCGCCUCCGCCCGACUUUCCAACGCGAGGCCGCGUUUAGCGCCACCGACGCCGGACGGGACCCGGACCCGGACCCGGACCCGGACCCGGACCCGGACCCGGACCCGGACUCGGACCCGGACUCGGACCCGGACCCGGACCCCGCCUUGCCCGAUCCCACAUCGCUUCUGGCCAAGUUACUUUUGGCCACGACGACCAAGGCACCCACGCCACGUACCUCCACGAUACUUGUCGGCGCGUCACCCAUGACCGACGUACCUGCCCAGCGAUCGUCUCAGGCCUCCUCAGGUGUCGCCCCCCCUGCGCCCGCGCUCACACCUGCGCCCAUGCCCGUGCCCAUGCCCAUGCCCAUGCCCGUGUCACCUUUCCCCGUGUCACCUUUCCCCAUGUCACCUUUCCCCGUGUUCCCCUACGCCGUGGCGCCCCCUCCCCCUGUGAUGGUCCUCCAUCCCGCACCCGUGCUCUACCAACACCCCCCCCGCACGAUCACCUCCACCGUCAUCAGCUACAACCGCGCCCCCUCCAGGGCCGCCCUGAGCCUGGCGCAGCUUCAUGCCUCGGUGCCGCCGCACCUGAGUUUUGUCAAUAGCAACACCGUCACCAAUACGUACUUCAUCUGAUCGGCGCCGUCGCUAAUAUGCUCGACCGGGGUUCUGACAUUUGUGGGCUCCGAGGACGCCCCCCUAAUCCUUCUUCUGCGGGUUCUUCAAAAUCAUCAUCACUAUAAGGCAAUGUCGCUUCUCUGCAAUACUUCCGUGCAAUAAAAGACAAGGUGCAAGGCAUCAAACAAAAUGUCGCCGUUGUCGAUGAUUUGAUGAUCC